UUCGGCAGAUCCAUAGGUGACGGCACCAACACAGACAGACACAGAGGCUUAAGUUACAGCUGUAACUGGGGCAGCGCCACGGGUGUUUCCUCUGGUGCCUAACGGAGAGGGUUGCUGGGUGGGACUGGGUGCUGCAUAGAGACCAGAAUGUCCCCAUACAGAUACAAGGGGGAAUAUAAGGGGGAGCUGGGAGAGUUGGGGACCCAUAGCACCGCGACACCCUCACUGACCAUGGCUGCACUGUACGGCUCUCUGCUACUGGCUGCUCUCUGCAUUGGCACAGCUGUGCCCCUAAAGUGCUACACAUGUACCGGCGAAUCCAGCAAUGCCAACUGCCUAAACCAGACCAACUGCAGCGACAUCGACACCUCCUGCCAGACUUUUGUUGCUUCAAUUUCUCUUUUUGGGGUAUCAGCCAAGUCCAUCACUAAGAGCUGCACCCCCAGCUGCACCCCAGGAGGCGCCAGUUUUGCCGGAGCCACUGGUACCGUUUCCUGCUGCAACACCGACCUGUGCAACAUCAGCGGCGCCCCUGGGGUAAAAUACAGUUACCCUGCGCUGGGGCUGUCCCUCGGGUUCCUAUUGGUCCUGCUGAGAGGCUCCGCCCUGUGAUGCAGGUCCCCAUGAAGAUAUUUCUGUUAUGAAACAUGUGACCAUUGUCUGAGUGGAGCAAAUCCUGACUAAAUAAAUGAUGGGGUACAACUA